AUCUACAUUUGGUCACACUCCUACCGUCGCCACGCUAGCGCCGCCACUGUCGCAACGCUACGAUCGCCUUACCACGUCGCUGCUGCUAUCAUUCAAAGGAGGCGUAGGAGAGAAAGGAAGAGGCAGGAAAUCAAAGAUUGGGAGUUGGAGUAUUGGCCACAUAGAAUGGUGUAUGAAGAAAUUGAGGAAACAAUAAAGGGGUUUUAUGAGGAUAAUAUGAUUGGGGUUGGUGGGAAUGGGAAAAUCUACAUGGGUGUUUUAAGAGGAGGGGUGGCGAUUGCUAUGAAGCACAUUUCUCAUGAAAAUGAUUGUGUGCUAGAAUUUCUAGCUGAAGUUUCAAGCCUUGGGAGAUUGAAACAAAGGAAUUUGGUGGGGUUGAGAGGUUGGUGCAAGAAAGAUGUGUUGAACAUACAAGGAUAUGAUGCCUGA